UCCCCAGUUUUUCAGGCCUUCCAAUCCAACGGAUGACAAUUCAGAAUUAAGUCAACCACAGUAAAACACUUGAUCAUAACAUUCUCACUAGCAGAAACUGUCUUGGUCUUAAUUUGGAGUUCAACUGACAAGCGCGUGGAGUCAAGUUUACAAGUAAUCUUGUAGCAUUCGUGUGGCACUCCCCAUGUUGUUGACCGCCAUGACAAUCUGUGCAUAAAGCUGUUAUCCUAGAGAAAUUUAGAUGUGUUUGCACAGCGAUGAAGACGUUGAGAAUUUGAAGCUAUUUAUUUGGUGGGCGAUUUGUGACAUCAUUCUGGUGUAGAAUUUAAUGGAGAAGUCGACAACCCAUACUCAAAAUGGCGACAAUGAGAACCUUAAGCAAAAAUUUACCUUACUUUCAACAACAGUUUUGUGCACUUUUAGGUAACAUUAGUGCACCAGUUAAGGUUAUGAGCAUAGUUGUUUUGUUUGGAUAUUUUUUAUCAUUUUCUCAAGAAGCUGUAAACGUUUUGAGUGUGAGGCCUGGUUACAUAUUUCCACCUGCCUUCUGGAUAUGGACCGCAUUCACCUUUUGCUUUUUAGAGUUGCAUUGGUGGGAAGUUUUAGUUGACAUUGUAACUGUCGGUUUGUGUGGAAAACUUAUUGAACCAUUAUGGAGCUCCACCGAAAUGGUGACAUUCUUUGGAAUUGUCAACCUGGGUGUGGCACUUGUCAGCGCCUUCUUCUACCUGAUUCUGUACAUGUGUACAUCGGACACUGUUCUGCUCUUUGAUAUCCACAUUCAUGGAAUGGCUGGAUACAUCGCUGGAGUUGCAGUUGCAGUCAAGCAAAUUAUGCCCGAUCAUAUUCUUGUGAAGACUCCCCUGGGAAAGAUGACCAAUCGUAAUGUCCCUUUGAACGUCUUCUUGGCAUCACUUGUUUUGUGGCUGAUUGGACUACUUGAAGGAACAUAUCCAACCAUGUUUGCGUCUGGUGUCCUAGUAAGUUGGACAUAUCUGAGAUUUUAUCAGUGGCAUAGCAAUGGUUCCAAAGGUGAUAUGGCAGAUAAUUUUACAUUUGCAAGCUUCUUUCCAACAGUUCUACAACCACCAAUUUCUGUGUUCAGUAAUACUGUGCAUAGUUUCCUAGUACGAAUACGACUGUGUCGCCGAACAGUUCGGAAAUUUGACAUGGCUGCAGCUCCUACAGGGGUUACCGUGGCUUUGCCUGGUAUCGAUCCACAUGACAUGGAAAGACGAAGAUUAAUAGCCAUUAAGGCCCUAAAUGAACGUCUUGGGAAGACAGACUCAUCAGUUCCAGGUCUUGCUGGAAUUCCCCGUCCAUCUCAAAAGGACCGUUCAAAAAUUGCCACUUCACCUGUCCCUACUGUCUCUCCUCCGAGCUCAGUUGUUUCAAUUCCAAUGCCUUCAUCUUCAGAAAGCCACAAUAUUACUCCACCAUUUACUUCUCCUUCAGCACUUCCUGUCCAGUCAGCUAUUGUUGAUGUCAGUGGCAGUCCAUCAACGUGACAAUUUUAGUAUAGCUUGAAAGAGAAAUAUUUUUCUUUACCUUUGGAAUUAAUUGACAGUUGAGUCUAUACAAAUGAGAGUUUUUCAAAUGCAAAGUUUUUCUCAUUUUUUAAGAUAUGUACUGUCACUUGUUCUCUGUAAGACUGGACCGACUGAGCAAAGUGACAUCAUACUGAGUCAUUCCUUCUUAGGAAGUCUUUGUGAUAAAUGUUUAUAAUUGUAUGUCUAAACUAGUUCUGUAUAAUAUUUUAGUUUCUUUAUUUUUUGUCAUUACCCUCCUUACUUUCAGUGUUACCUGUUGUUGUUGUUUAAGAGAACAUAUUAAUGCACCUACAUUUGAGAAACAAAUAAUGGUUAACUCAAUGGAGAUUUCAAUGUAUUUGGGUCUUACAAUUAAACUAUGACCUCCAGUAAAAAUAAUAGGGCUAUAUGCUUGAAUCUAAGGAGAUAGAAACAAAUCAAAAGAGAAAUCCCGUUUUUGUCAUUUCCCUAUUAUGUGGUUUACAGCAUCAGUAUCACACAGCUAAAAGUAACUCACUCCUUAUUUGUUAAUUGAGUUAAUAAAUACUUAUAAGGAAGAGUUUAAAGCAUAGAGAUAAAAAGAGUGACGUUUGAUGUUUUUUAUAUUAUAUUUCAGACACAUGUAAAAUAACUUAAAAAUGUGUUUUUUUUUUGUUGUAAAGUUCAUCUUUUUAAUACCUGUUGCCAUGUCAACUAAAUUUUAAUUAUCUGUGUUGAAUUUUGAGUGAGGUUGUACAUAUUCUGUUCAGAGGAUUUAUAAAAGCACCUGCAGUAAGUUGGAGCUUAAUAGUCGGUGCUUCCUUAA